AAUAAUUUUCUAGUUUUACUGAACCAUUAUUUACUUGGGUACUCGAUGCCGCAUGCUGAAAAUUUACUAAACAGUAAACAUGCAUUUCCAUGUAAUUUAAAUAACGUACGCAAAUUUAGUGUCGCAUUUUUAGGUUAUAAUUAAUAAAGAACCUUCAAUUGAAAUAAAUAAACGAAAAAAUGUUCUAUUUGAUAGGCUUAGGAUUGGGUGAUGUUAAAGACAUUUCAGUAAAAGGGUUGGAAAUAGUUAAGAAAUGUGAUAAGAUUUACCUAGAAAACUACACAUCAAUUUUAACGGGAGGCGUGAAAGCUUUGGAAGAGUAUUACGGCAGAUCGAUUAUUGUUGCUGAUCGUGAUUUAGUUGAACAAAAUGCAGAUGAAAUAUUAUCUGGAGCACGAACUUCAGACAUCGCGUUAUUGGUGGUUGGUGAUCCGUAUGGAGCAACAACACACACAGACUUAGUACUACGUGCAAAAGAGCAAGGUAUCAAAUGUGAAAUUGUACAUAAUGCUUCUAUUUUAAAUGCAAUCGGAUGUACGGGGCUACAGUUAUAUAGUUUUGGUGAAACAGUUUCUAUACCAUUUUGGACGGAAGAUUGGCGACCAGAUAGUUUUUUUGACAAAAUAUGUGCAAAUUUCACUAGAGGCUUACACACACUUUGUUUGUUAGAUAUUAAAGUAAAAGAACCUACUUUGGAAAGUAUGACUAGAAAAAAGAAAGAAUAUAUGCCACCACGUUUUAUGACCGUUGCUGAAGCAGCUAGCCAAAUUCUUCAAGUAAUUGAUAGGCGUGGUGUAUCAGAUGAAUCAUUAGCUAUAGGCGUAGCAAGAGUUGGUGGUUGUGAUCAACAAAUAACAGCUUGUUCAUUACAAGAAAUGGUAAAAUGUGAUUUAGGCGCACCAUUGCAUUCACUUGUAAUACCAGCUUCAAAAUUACAUCCAUUAGAAGAAGAUUAUAUUAAAAGUUUUGUAAAAGACAAAGCUGAUGUAGAACAACUAGAUCAAAGUUCUAUAGAUGCUGACAAGGAUGAAAAAGAAUCUGUGAAUGUAGAAAUUAAUGAAAAACCCGAAAAUACGAAUACAGAGAAGCAAGAAAAUACUGAAGACACCGAGCAGAAGGGAUCAAAUGAAACCUCGAUUGACUCUCAAAUAAUACCAAAUUUUGCUUCUGAAGACGGAAAUGAAAAUUUAGAGACAGUUAAAAAUCAAAAUUCUGAACAUCAAAUAUUAUCAAAAUUAGAUAGCGAAAAUAUAAAUACUAAACAAUCUGAAAUGAUCCCGGUAGUAGAAAAAGAAUGUGUUCAAGUAAUUAUACCGCCUAAAACUUUCCAAGAUAAUGAAGAAAAUGGAGAAGUAGAGAAUGAUAUAAAUGAAAAUCAACUAUCUGCAACAAAAGAAACUAAUGAAACUAAAGGAAAAUUCGAAAAAAAUCCUGGCACUGAGAAUGGACAUACACCCACCAAACUAGAUAACAUCGAAAUAAAUGAGGAGAAUAAGCCAUUAGAACAUGAAAGUAAAGCUGAUAUUGAUAAUUCUAAUGUAGUCGUUACCGAAACAUCAGAAGAAGCUGAGAAUGUCGAUCAAUCUACUAAUAAGGAGGAAGAAUCAUUAGAAGCAAAAGAUGAAGUUCAGCAAAGAGCUUCUGAUACUGCAAGCGUUGGAGAAAAAACUAACCAUAGUUGGGAAAACCUAGAGAUAAAAGACGCAAACGAAUCUCUAUUAAAUAAGAAUGAAGUACCUGCAGAAGGAAUGACUGAGGCGCAUGAUUUAACUGCCAAAUCAAAUGAAACGAAAGACAUAGACAGUGAUGAUGACACUGUAGUUUUAGGAACACCUUCAUUCAAUUUUCCGAAGGAAGAUGAAGAUAAAAAUAAAAAUAAAAAUGAUUCAAAUACCACCCAAACACAAAUUGAAUCAAAUAGCCAAACUACAGAAAAUCCACAAGGAAUGCAGUUUUUUCUUGGUGAAGACAAUGAAAAACAAAAUCCAAAGUCAGUACAAGAAAAUGAAAACGAAAUUUUUCCAAUGGAAUUAGACGAAUCAAAAAAUGACACAGAAGAUGUGGAUGUAUCCAGUCAGAAAAGUAUAUCUGGUCUUGUUUAUGAAAAUCAUCCAGAACUUGAUUUAGAUGAUUCUGGUAUUCAGCCAGAUUCAUUGGAAAUUGACUAUAAACCACUAAAUCACUUUCCAAAUGAAUCAAUAGAUGUAAUUCAUAAUGAAAAUGACUUAAAUAAUAAUGAAAUUGGUAAAGUAGCAAAUAAAAUUGAAAAUUAUGAAGAUGGAAAACAAAGUCGUGAUAAUACCACAGCCGAUACAAUUACAAUUGAUGGUGAUUAUGAAAGUUUAGAAUCUAUACCAGAACCAGAAAUAUUAGCAAAAAUUAGUAUUGGAAGUACGUAUCCGUAUGGUUCACAUGAAGACCUAAGUGAUAAUGACGACGAGCCAAGUGGUAUGAGUAGUUUAACAACUCAUAUUCGUAAUAUCAAUACAGCAGUUUUAAUUAUACAAUCUGCAUGGCGAAAAUAUUUGAAACGUCGAAAUGAGAAAAAAGUCCAUAGCCCAAUGGUGAGUAAUAAUAAGGAACAAUUAUUAACACCGUUGUUGAAUGUAAAUGUUGAAUCGAAUAAUAAUGUUUCUACAAAUAGCACUGUCGAGCCACCAACCAACUCAACGCAAAUUCAUAGUAAUAACGUAACAACUACUGGUAGCGAUACAACAACUAAACAACAUUUAACUGUUUCAAAUGAUUUAAUAACAUCAUUAAAUUCAAAUAAUAUUGAUACACAAGAACAUCGUAUUGUUGAUAAUAUUGUCGAAAAUUCUAAUGAUUUAGAUACGAAUGACGCUGAUGUGCUGAAUUCAAAUGAAAAAAAUUCAUUAGAAAAUUUGGCAAUCAACAACAAAAUUGAAACAAAGUAUUCUACAGAUAGUAUGAAAUUAUUACGUCAAAAUAGACCAUCAACCGCUGAAAUGAAUUUAAAUAAAACAAAAGAAAAUGAAGCUGCAACGAAAAUUCAAGCUGGCUUUCGUGGUUAUAAAGCUCGAAAACAAAUGAAAACCCAAUUAAAACAACAAAUAAACGAUACAAAAGACAUAACAAUUAAAAAAGCUGCAACUGGUGUAAAUGAAAUGAAGACAAAAAAAGUUGAUGACAUAAAAAAUAUUAAAAAUGAAGAGGAGAAUGUAAUAAAAAAAGCUGCAACAACCAUUCAAGCAAACAUUCGAGGAUUUUUAACAAGGAAGAAAAUCAAAAGUGCCCAGGAAAAAUAGUGUGCAACAAUAAAGUUUCAAUUUUGGGGGGACCAGUAUUUUUUUUUUAAUUUAUCAACUUAAAGUGUAGAUAAAAAGUAUACGGGGCAUUUGAAUGCAGGCCCAUGCGCAAGGGACGGGUUUUGGGGGUGAAAACCCCUCCCAUUGAAAAUCUGCUCACAUAAAUUUUGAACAAAAAUAUAGUCCUGUAAAUGCACCCAUUUAUGACACCUAUUUCUACUGACGAAUCAGAUAUCCAUGCAUAUUUUGAGCUUGGUACAUUCUUUGACUUUGUCUUUGAAUCGCAUACUUAAAACAGAUCUUGGCUUGGAUCGGGGCUAUCGAACUAGCUGAUGCUACAAAAUAUAUUUUGAUGCGAAAACGCAUUGCUGGACGAGGUGUCGAAAAAUCACUCUAAGCACCGAUAUUUGCAAUAAAGAUAUGUUUCCGGAUAUCUUCUAAAUGCUUCGGGUUCUGGCAGUUUUGCCUGUGACAACAACGACGAAUGAAACCCUGCGCCGCGUCGUCUCAAAACAUACCUUAGAUAGAGUCUGUCUGAAGAUCGACUAAACGGUUUAGUCUUCGCUUAAUAUACAUCGCGGUGUAGAAAUCGAUGCGCACAGAGUUUUGGAAAAGUUUUUUGUGUACCUCCCAGAAUUAACUGGAUUGAAAAACAGUGACAGAAUAUUAAAUUUUCACCUUAUUAAUGUUAUCUUACUCGAAAAAAGAAUUUCUUGUUUUAUGGACCUUAUGACCUAGCAUGGCGGACAAAAGUUUAAACCCCUCCUUUGGAUAAUUCCUGCGCACGGGCCUGGUACGGGGCAUUUGAAUGUGUUUUCUACGGUACCCUUUGCUUUGUCUUCUCUUGAAAUGAGUUUUUUUUUUAAAGAUGGUUUAAUGAACGAUUUUACGCUAAAAGGUCUUCCAACGUGAUCAUAGAAAAUGAAUUAAUAAGAGCAUAGAAUAUUACGUUAGCUUAAAGAAAUGAUUUAUUGGGCCCCAAAUUUUAGAAUCCUCUGCAAUGCAAAGUUGUUACGCAGUUUGACCAAAAUUAAAUAAACCAAUCUUUUGUCUCGUAUUUCACAAAUUUUUGCGAUAUGAAAUCACAAUCUUACAAUCUUGAGACAUUUUUAAACCAAAAUAGAAAAUUUGAUAGAACAUUAUUUUAUGAAAUUGUACUCUCUCAGACAUAC